UUCUGAUUCUACACAGACUCCCUGUUACAGGCAAAAUGAAAGGCAUCUCCCUCCUCGCCCUCCCCGGCCUCGCCUACGCCGCCGUGCAAGGUUUCGACAUCUCCAACUGGCAGCCAACCGUUGACUACAAGGGUGCCUAUGCCUCUGGAGCACGGUUCGUCAUGAUCAAGGCCACCGAAGGAACAAGCUUCAUCGACCCCCUUUUCAACACCCACUACCCUGGCGCGACCUCAGCUGGCCUAAUCCGCGGCGGGUACCACUUCGCGCACCCUGACUCCAGUUCCGGAUCCGCGCAGGCCAAAUAUUUCCUGGCGCAUGGGGGCGGGUGGUCGGGCGAUGGAAUCACACUACCCGGCAUGCUGGAUCUUGAGGCCGGAUGUUACGGGCUCUCUGCUACGGCUAUGGUCUCCUGGAUCAGCGAUUUCGGCGAAACGUACAAGUCUGCGACUGGUCGGUACCCCAUGAUCUAUACGACGACAAGUUGGUGGCAGGAGUGCACGGGGAAUAACGACGGCUUCGGCGAGUAUCCGCUUGUUUUGGCGCGAUGGGCAAGCACACCUGGCACCUUGCCUGCAAGCUGGGACUAUUAUUCCUUCUGGCAGAACAGCGACUCUUACGCCUACGGUGGGGAUUCGCAGCUCUGGAAUGGGAGUGAAGAGAGAUUGAGGAUCUUCGCGUCUGGAUAGGCUUUAGUUAGAGGGUAGCAUGGGGUGUCAAAUAAGGACUGGU